CCAAGAGCAUCUGCCCGAAAUUUGUGAUGGCCGAUGGUUAAGUCAAUGGAGUCCAAAAUAAAGGUCUUCAAGAUUGUAGGUGAUCACGCGAUUCACGUCUUGAUUCCCCUCUAUAAAGCUUACAUGAAAGAGCAUUGCCUAGGUACAUCUGCUUGGUAAUAAAACUACCUCUGAAAUUACAGAAGAAAUGAGAGGGCAAUGGGUGAUUCAGCUGACGAUCAUCUGCUUACUAUGGCUAGCAGAUGAAUCAUCAGCUACUGCCCCAUCAAUGGCAAAGCCAGGCUGUGAGCAGGAUCAUUGUGGAGACAUGCUCAUUCCGUACCCGUUUGGCAUGGGGAAGAGUUGCUAUAAGGAUGAAUGGUUCUCAAUCUAUUGUAUUCAUUCGUCCGAUCCUCCAAAACCCAUUCUAAGUAAACUCAAUCUGGAGGUGCUGAGUAUAGAAAUGGGCGGCUUCCAGAAAAGUGUGAUGGUUAACAGUCCCAUAUAUUCCAACUGUGAAAAUGGAGAGGUGACCAGUAGUUCUUGGCAAAGCAUAGAUUUGAGGGGAAGCCCAUUCCUUUACUCUCUUCAUAACGAUCUCGUGGGGGUGGGUUGUCACAAUGUGCUGCUGAGAGGCGGGAAUGAGGAAAUCAUGGCAGGUUGCAGCUCCACUUGCGACAAUCAUGGCAGGAAUGAGGAAUUUAUUACUACUAAAGGUUGCUUGUAUGGCAUCAACUGUUGCCUAACCAGAUUGCAGGAGGAUCUGGAUGUCUACAGUUUGAAUACCACUGCGAGUUAUAGUGAAAGAGGGGAUUGCACAUACGCUUUCUUAGCGUACAAUUACAACAAUGUUUCGAACGUUCCUACCAUUGUUAGAGAUGCGGAAUUUGCCCCAUUACUCAUAUCCUGGCUUAUCCCAGAACAAGUCGACCCUCAGAACUGCGUCGAUGACACAGUCUAUACUUCACGGGGAAAUUAUUCCAAUUAUCGUUGUGACUGUAACUGGGCUGAAGAAGGGAACCCUUAUCUCGCACAUGGAUGUCAAGUUGUUAGAGAAUGUGCCAACUGUCGAUGGGGAUGUGAUGGCCAUUACAAUAGCAGCACUGACAAAUAUGACUUCCAUUGCCGCAAAUCAAAAGCUUUAAUUCUAGGCUGCAGUAUAAGUGGGGGAUUAUUGUUGCUACUCAUUUUCAGUUUUGGGUUAUAUAAAGUAGUGAGAAAACAAUUGGAUAUUAGAGUCAAAAAGCGAUUCUUUAAACGAAAUGGUGGGUUGUUGUUGCAACAACAAAUUUCUUCUGAUAAAGUUGCUUUUGAGAAAACAAAAAUUUUCACAUCUGAAGAGUUAGAGAAGGCGACUGACAACUUCAAUAAGAAUCGAAUUCUUGGUCAAGGAGGUCAAGGAACCGUUUAUAAAGGCAUGUUAAAUGAUGGAAGAAUUGUUGCAGUUAAAAGGUCAAAAAUAGUUGAUGAAAACCAAUUAGAGCACUUCAUUAAUGAGAUUGUGAUUCUUUCACAAAUCAACCAUAGGAAUGUGGUUGGGAUUUUGGGGUGUUGCUUGGAGACAGAAGUGCCUUUGUUGGUUUAUGAGUUUAUUUCUAAUGGAACCUUAUUUCAACUUAUCCAUGAUCAAAAUAGUGAGUUUCCACUUUCAUGGGAAAUGCGUUUACGAAUUGCUUCAGAGGUAUCGGGUGCGCUUUCUUAUUUACACUCAGCAUGUUCCAUACCCAUUUAUCAUAGAGACAUUAAGUCUACCAAUAUACUUUUAGAUGAUAAAUAUAAAGCAAAAGUGUCAGAUUUUGGAACAUCAAGGUCUAUUUCCAUUGAUCAAACUCAUUUGACUACUAUUGUACAAGGGACUCUUGGCUAUUUGGACCCAGAAUAUUUUCAAUCAAGCCAAUUUACUGAAAAGAGUGAUGUAUAUAGUUUUGGAGUAGUUCUUGUUGAGCUUUUAACCGGGCAAAAGCCAAUUUCAUCUACAAGAUCACAAGAAGAAAAAAGUUUGGCAAUACAUUUCAUUUUAUCCUUACAAGAGUCUCGUCUAUUUGAUAUUCUUGAUGCUCGAGUUGUGAAGGAAGGUCGGAAAAAGGACAUCAUGACAUUUGCUAAGCUUGCAGGUCGAUGCUUAAAUUUGAAUGGAAGGAAAAGACCUACGAUGAAAGAAGUUACCACAGAAUUAGAUAACAUUAGAGUGUCUGCCCUACAUUUGAAUGUUGAUCAAAAUUUCCAAGAAAAUGCAUGUGUUGUAACUGAAAUAACAAAGUUUUUGGAUAUGGAUGAUACUUCAACUUCCAGGGGAUCAUGUUUAGAUGACACUAAAGAAUCUUCAUUUGAUGUGCAACCAUUGUUAUUUCACACGUUAUGAUAGAAAAAUAGAAUAGAUAUAUGAUUGUUGUACACCGAUUGUAUUUUAGGUUGUGUUUUUAAGUCUUGUAUUAUCCCUUACCAUAUAUAUAUCUAUGAGAAAUUUAUGUUAUAUUUUCCACUUA